AUGAAUAUAAACGUGACUACGGUAUUAGAAGAUUUGGACAAAAUUUUCAGCGGUCACAUAUUACUCAACGAAAGAAAAUGGCUUCCACAGUGUAAUGUGCUAUCUCCACGGUGGCGGCGCGGUGAUGUCGGCAUGGAGGCGGUCGCGCUGGUGCUCUGCGCGCUGGUGGUGAGCGCGCCGCACGCGACCCCCCGCGACGAUCUGGACGACGACGACGCCGUGCUCGACUACUACGAUGAGAACAGGAUCAAUAUAUCAGAGAAGGGCAUGUACUUGGGUUCUCCGUGUGAAUUCAAAUGCGACUCCCGUCUGUUGCACGUGUACUGUGAGCCGCGGAGUAAUUCCUGCCAGUGCGACCCCAAACAUCCCGUCUCGUUGGGGGUUGCUAAGGGUUGUGCGAAACCAAAGAAAUUGGGCGAGCAAUGCUUCUAUCAAGCGACAUGUCGAGCUUUCGACCUGCACGCGUCAUGUGUCCAAGUCAAUCAUAACGCGUUUUGCCAAUGCGACUCUGGCUACCACACCACAAGCCACUCGAGGCCCACACAGCGCAUUUUCUGCACGGAAGAUCUCGUCCUGCUGACAGCCGACAUGCCCACGCUGUUAGGAGUAGCGUCGGGCAUCUUCGUGCUGGCGGGGCUGCUGUGCAUGGUCCUGCACCUGUACACGAAGGCGAGGUACCACCCUGCGCAUCUCGCCGACGCAAGGCUCACGCCGCCUUGUUUGUACUCGCUUAAUGACACUGGUGGGACGCUAAGCGCGACUCGCGCGUCGUCCCGCGCGUCAUCCCGCAGCGGCUGCACGAGCGGGACGCUGGAGGAGUCCCGGCGGGAGUCGCGGCGGGCGGCGUCCCGCGCAGGUGCGGCGCGCACGGCGGCCAUCUUGUUAAUCUCGCGCCAUCUGAAGGCCGUAAGGGACGGCGGCGCGCACCCGCCCAAGUGCGCCGCCAAAGGUGAUCCGGAUGAUGUAUGCGCGGCCCUCUAUGCACGAUUUGGUGUACGCCUAGACCUCCCC